UCCCCUCAGCGCGGGGCCGCCGCGUGCGGCGUGGCGCUUUGAGGCGGGCGCGGUGCCUGCUGGCGCUGACGGCGGGUCGCGGCCCUCCCGCUGCCGCCGGCUCCCUCGGCGCCGCAGCCGGAGCCGGAGCAGGCCGGGCGCAGGCUGUGAGCGGGACACGGCGGAAGUGGCCGUCUGGAUGUGCGUUGCUAGAUUUGUCCUUGCACAGCUCCGGGAAGGGGCCCUGACAGUGUGGGUGCAGAGUCCCACCGUGGGGCACGGAACACAGCGGCUGCCCAGCGAGGCAUGCUGAACAUGGUGGUAUGAGGUUUAAGGCCAAAUAAACCAUGCAAAAGCCCGUGAAUUGAAAGCGUAAGAAGAGGGGAAAAUAGCACCAAAAAUAGGAUGCCUAUACACAAAUCCAACGCAAGAAUGGAAGGAAGAGUUGUGUCUCAACAUCAAAGCAAAAUUGGCUCUCUCUGAAGAUGAGACGUUACCCUCCUGCCAGAAAAAGCAGCUAUAAAAUAGCAGCUGGUAUUAAUUAAAACAAUUGUGUAGGAGUUUAAACUCUUGACCCCAGACAGAAGCAUCCUGAAGAUAAUGUCCUCUAACCUGCAGCUUAGAAGCAGAUGGAGAAGCGACAUACCAUGGUAUGGCACAGUACUUCAGAAUACCAGAGGUGCUGUGAAGGACCUGUGUAUUGGAGCCAGUGCAGAGCUUGAGGGAUGCUCUAAAAUAUCUUGCUGAAGCUCUUCAGUCCAUCAGUGAAGCAGAACUUGACGAUGUAAUUGAAAAUGUCAUUGAUGCUGUUGAAAAACAGCCUUUGUCAUCUAAUAUGAUUGAACAAUCCACAGUGGAAACAGCUGUCCAAGAAUGUAGCCAGGCAUCAGACGAAACUAUAGAAAAUGUCUUCAACAUUAUUGGAGCCUUUGAUAUUCCGCGUUAUAUUUAUAAUUCAGAAAGAAAGAAGUUUCUCCCUCUGUCAAUGACCAACUUUCCCGUACCAAAUUUAUUUGGAACUGCCAGAGACAAAGCAGAGUUGUUUCGUGAGCGCUACUCCAUCUUACAACAGAGGACUCAUAGACAUGAGUUGUUUACUCCUCCAGCAAUUGUUGCUCAUCCUGAUGACAGCGGGAGCAAAUUCCAGCUUAAAACAAUAGAAACUCUAUUGGGCAAUACAGCUAAAGUGGGAGAAGUGAUUGUGCUUGGGAUGAUAACUCAGCUUAAGGAGGGGAAAUUUUUCCUAGAAGACCCUACAGGAGUUGUCCAGCUGGACCUUAGUAAAGCCCAGUUCCAUAGUGGUUUAUAUACUGAAUCAUGCUUUGUUUUGGCAGAAGGUUGGUAUGAAGAUGAAGUUUUUCAUGUGAAUGCUUUUGGAUUUCCGCCUACUGAGCCUUCUGCUACCACUCGAGCCUUCUAUGGGAAUAUAAACUUCUUUGGAGGGCCAUCUUCAGCUUCAGUGAAGGCUUCUGCAAAACUAAAGCAGCUGGAGGAUGAAAAUGAAGAUGCCAUGUUUGUGUUUCUUUCUGAUGUAUGGCUGGAUCAAGCAGAAGUACUGGAAAAGCUUCACACAAUGUUUUCAGGUUAUUCCUCUGCGCCUCCAACCUGCUUUUUCUUCUGUGGCAAUUUUUCAUCUGCACCAUAUGGAAAAAAUCAAAUUCAGUCACUGAAAGGUUCUUUGAAGGCUCUUGCAGAUAUUAUAUGUGAAUAUCCCAGCAUUCAUAAAAGUAGUCGAUUUGUGUUUGUUCCCGGCCCUGAAGACCCUGGUCCUGGUUCUAUUUUACCAAGACCUCCCCUAGCUGAAAAUAUUACUGAGGAAUUCAGACAGCUGGUGCCAUUUUCAGUUUUCACCACAAAUCCUUGCAGGAUUCAGUAUUGCACCCAAGAAAUAAUUAUCUUUCGUGAAGAUUUGGUAAACAAAAUGUGCAGAAACUGUGUCCGCUUCCCUACCAGCAACAUGGACAUUCCCAGCCACUUUGUAAAGACUAUAUUAUCCCAGGGCCACCUGACGCCGCUCCCACUGUAUGUCAGCCCUGUGUACUGGGCCUACGACUACUCCCUGAGGGUUUACCCCGUGCCAGAUAUGCUUGUCAUCGCAGAUAAAUACGACCCAUUCACUGUCACCAACACUGACUGUCUUUGCAUCAAUCCAGGUUCAUUCCCAAGAAGUGGAUUUUCCUUCAAGGUGUUCUACCCCUCCAACAAGACAGUUGAAGACAGCAAGCUUCAGGGUCUCUGAAUUUCUGCGAGGCUGCAAAAAGGGAGGAAGCCUCUGUAAUGCCAACUGUAGUGUUCAUUUGAGAUGGAUUGAUUUUUAUGAUGUAUUACAGACUUUAUAAUAAAUGUAAAAGCCAAAAA